CACCUCACUCAUUUCCACAAUUUCAACAAUUCCGAACUUAUUUUUGUAAAACGGGACGCUCAAACAUGUCUGAAGAAAAACAAACUCCACGUAUUCCUCUUCUCACCCCUUACAAGAUGGGUCCUUUCAAUCUUUCUCAUAGAGUUGUUUUGGCGCCAUUGACUAGACAGAGGUCUCACGGCAAUGUUCCUCAGCCUCAUGCCAUCUUAUAUUACUCUCAGAGAACAACUAAAGGUGGUCUUCUCAUCGCAGAAGCCACUGGUGUUUCCGACACUGCUCAAGGAUAUCCAAAUACGCCUGGUAUAUGGACAAAGGAGCAAGUUGAAGCAUGGAAACCAAUUGUGGAUGCUGUUCAUGCUAAAGGUGGGAUCUUCUUUUGUCAGAUUUGGCAUGUGGGAAGGGUUUCAAAUAGAGGUUUUCAGCCAAAUGGUCAAGCUCCAAUCUCCAGUACGGACAAGCCAUUGACGCCUCAAAUUCGAGCUAAUGGCGUUGAUGUUGCACAGUUCACGCCUCCGAGGCGGCUACGGACAGAUGAGAUCCCUCAAAUUGUGAAUGAUUUCAGGGUUGCUGCAAGGAAUGCUAUUGAAGCUGGUUUCGAUGGAGUUGAGAUUCAUGGUGCUCAUGGUUACCUGAUUGACCAGUUUUUGAAGGAUCAAGUGAAUGAUCGGACAGACCAAUAUGGUGGAUCCCUUGAGAACCGUUGCCGAUUUGCUCUAGAGAUAGUUGAAGCUGUUGCUAAUGAGAUAGGAGCGGAGAGAGUUGGGAUAAGGCUAUCUCCUUUUGCCGACUACGCGCAAGCAGGGGACUCAAAUCCAGAAGCAUUGGGUGUCUACAUGGCAGAGUCCUUGAAUAAGUAUAAUAUUGUCUACUGCCACAUGGUUGAACCUAGAAUGAAAUCAGUUGGAGAAAAAUGCGAAAGUCCUCACAGUUUACUGCCCAUGAGAAAGGCUUUCAACGGUACUUUCCUCGUUGCAGGUGGUUACGACAGGGAAGAUGGAAUCAAGGCUAUAGCAGAAGGUCAUGCAGAUCUUGUUGUUUAUGGUCGCUGGUUCAUAUCUAAUCCUGAUUUACCAAAGAGAUUUGAACUCAAUGCCCCUCUAAACCCAUACAACAGAGAUACAUUUUAUACAGAUGAUCCUGUUAUAGGUUACACAGAUUAUCCAUUCCUUGAAAUUACUUCUUAGACCUUUAAGUUAUAGAAGUCGUACUUGUUUGUACUAUUCAUUGUGCUUAAUAUUGUAAUUCACUGUAUUUUUUUUACCAUAGUGUUAUUUUUCUGCACUCUAUAAGUGUAGAAAACUACCCUGUUCUAGUAAUAUAUCAUGGCAAUAAUUCUCUUCA